UUAAAUCUAGACUCUAUAGACAGCGGGACAACAACGAGCUGCCAUUAUUGGAUGCCAGUUGAGCGGCUUCCUCCUCAGUUCCUCCUCGUCGUCCUUCCUCAACCGCCUCCUCCCGGUUGUUAUUCCUUUCCCUCCUCCGUUGAUUUUAUCUCCUAAACCCUCUCUUCCAGAUCUCAAUAUUCUCCCCAAUUUAACCCUAAACUCGUUCUCAUUCAAUCCCAUCAAUCUUUCUUCAAUUUCCCUCAUUCUUUUUACUCAACACUAAUCAAAUCUCGCCUCUUUCAACAUUUCUAUUCAAAUCGCUAAUAAUUCAGCCUAAUUCGCGCUUUUCGCUUUUCGUUUCUUUCACAAUGAAGUUAGGGUUCCGAUUUUGCUAACAUCUCCUUCACUCUGACUUCGUUUUUGUCCUCGUUCUUCCGCCGUCUGCCUCCUCCGCCUAUCUGAAGACGAGGAGGCCAAUCAUACAGCUUUUUGAAUUUUCUUUUUUUUUUUUCAAUUUUUUUUCGAAACAAUCGUCUCCCGCAAAGGUAUUGAUUUGUUGUUGGUGGAUUAAUUUCUUGAAAUGGCGGGAUUGGUUCCAAUGUACUACAGCGUCAUCGCCUUCUUUUGCUCUGCUGGAGCAAUCGCGUUGGCCGUUUUCCACAUCUAUAGGCACCUCUUGAAUUAUACUGAACCUACUUACCAGAGAUUCAUUGUUCGCAUCAUCUUUAUGGUUCCGGUUUAUGCUUUAAUGUCUUUUUUGUCUCUCAUUUUGCCUACAAGUUCAAUCUAUUUCAAUUCCAUACGAGAAGUAUAUGAAGCGUGGGUCAUUUAUAAUUUCCUGUCUUUAUGUCUGGCUUGGGUUGGUGGCCCUGGAGCAGUUGUUCUAAGUUUAAGUGGUCGGGUUCUGAAGCCAUCAAUGUGUCUGAUGACAUGUUGCUUACCCCCAAUACCACUAGAUGGGCGAUUUAUAAGGAGGUGCAAGCAGGGAUGUUUGCAGUUUGUGAUUCUGAAGCCUAUCUUAGUUGCUGUUACACUCAUAUUUUAUGCAAAAGGGAAAUAUAAAGAUGGAAAUUUCAGUCCUAACCAAUCGUACCUGUAUCUUACUAUCACCUAUACAAUCUCAUACACAAUGGCUCUGUAUGCUUUGGCAUUAUUUUAUGUCGCAUGCAAAGACCUGCUUCAGCCCUUCAAUCCAGUUCCGAAGUUUGUUAUCAUUAAGUCCGUUGUUUUCUUAACUUAUUGGCAGGGAGUUCUGGUUUUUCUGGCUGCAAAGUCGAAGUUCAUAAAGAAUGCAGAGGAAGCUGCUCAGUUUCAAAAUUUUAUCAUAUGCGUUGAGAUGCUUAUAGCUGCUGUUGGUCAUCUUUUUGCGUUCCCAUACAAAGAGUAUGCUGGAGCAAAUAUUGGUGGAUCUUGUGGUUUUUCAGGAAGCCUUGCACAUGCCUUGAAGUUAAAUGACUUUUAUCAUGAUACUGUUCAUCAGUUUGCACCAACUUAUCAUGAUUAUGUGCUUUACAACCAUAGUGAGGGUGAUGAGGGCACAAGAAAGUAUCGAUCACGCACCUUUGUGCCAACUGGGCAGGAGAUGGAUGCUGUCAGACGAAACAAACUCAUGUUUGGAAACAAGUUGGAUGAAAUUCAACUCUCCAGUCACUCUUCUUCCGGUACAAGCACUCCCAAAAAUAUCACUCCAGUGCCUGAUUCUACAAAUUCUGAGACCAUGAAAUCUUCACUUCUUGUGGAUGCUUCAAAUUCUUUAUCCGUGCCAUAUGACAUGUCACUUAUUGACAUGGACAUGUCCAAUUAUCCUGAAAAAGUUCCUGCAGCUAAUGUUACUGGGAUUAGACAAGGAUAAUGCAGUAACUGCAGUAAAUAGGCAGAUGGAUGUCCUUGAAGAAGAAAGUUAAAGAGGAAUACGAGAAGUUAUUUCUAGUUUGGGGAAGCAUCUUACGCAUAAUUUUGAGCUGAUACUGGUGUCAAUUUUCUUGAGUGUUGAAGUCCAUUGUUCACUCUUUCUUUUGUUCAGCAUUGUAAUCUCUGAUGUUGGGCUUCCUGGCUCCCCCUGAUUAUCGGUAGUGGCCUAUUAUCCUAGGUUAAUAUCUUAUCCAUCUGCUUUGUAGAUACAAAACUUCUAGUUUCACACUUGCAACAUUGAGUUCCAAAAUGAAAAUGGGUUAUUGAAUUGUUGUAUUUGACUUA